ACUGAACCCAAGAAGUCAUAUGUCCUAUCUCUCUCUUUCUCUCUCUAAAGUCCAAAGCUGGCCCCUUUCGUCUGCUCUAGGGUUUUGACCAGUGAUUCUCACAACUGGGGUUGCACUCUACCUGAAGAAGAAGAAGAAGCAGCAGCCAAACAACGACCUAGGACUUCUGGAAGAUGCUUGUAAACUUCCUUGAGGAGAAAAGUCAAAUCUUUUUGCAAAUUGAUGGCAACUGAGAAUCCUAUUAGAAUACACGAGACUAGUGGAAAAUGGUCUUCCUCAUCUGCAAAUAUGUCUACAGAUGAGUUGCGAUUGUUUCUGAGGGGUCCAAGAGUAGAGGGUAGUGGAAGAGAUGUGAUUCCUAGUAGAAGUGAAAGUGCACCACCAACUGUGGAAGGUUCAUUGUCUGCUAUGGGUAAACUUUAUACUCGUCAGAAGGAUUUGUAUCUGAAGAGUAAUAGUUUAGUAGGUGAAGAACAGAUUUUCGGUGAACCGUAUUAUUUGCCAUACUAUGGUUCUAAUGUUAAUUUAAAUCCACGGUUGUCACCCCCACUAACUUCGUGGAGGAACCAACAGACCGAUCAUGUUUUCAAUAGUGCUAAUAGUGAUAAUUGGAGGUUGUCAUCUUUCAGUCAACAAAGCCGUGGUUCCUUGGAUUUCACUAAAAAUAAGCUCCAUACUUAUCGAGAAGAUUCUGAAGAUGAUAGAUCACCUCAUGGAAGUUCUGCACAUGAGGCUGGAACAAGUGCUGGGUUCUGGCCUGGACAUAUUGAAACAUCAUCAUCUGGUCAAUAUGGAAGUCUGGAUGGACUAGCACAGGAAGAUUUUGUUCAAACCAUAUCACCUUCUUUAACCCAUGAAUCAAUUGAGGAAGCAGUUGAAUAUGUUGCUGAUUUUGGCUCUACGCAAAAUGCAUCACUGAACUCAACAAACACUGCCACUUCAUCUCCUUCAGGUGCUGGGAUAAAUACCGAUCUGUCAAAAGGUCUUGUUUUAGUCUCCAUGACUGCAACAAACAUGCCGUUUACACCAACUUUUUCCAGUAGGGUGUCAAAUGAUACUGAUGUUAUCUCUGACUCGGAUCUUGCCUCUAUGGAAUCUAAGAUGAUGACAAUGAAUUUAUCUGACGAGCAGAAUCUAGGAAGGCAUACACAGACGGGCUGGCAACAGAGUCAUCAGUCUAAUAAUCAGCUGCAACAAUUACGAUCACAGCAACAAAGAAGUGGAUUUCAGAAUGCCAACCCUCAAUUUGUUGUACCUCCUCCAAUAAAUCUCACAAUCCCUGGGAUGAGUCAAUUUUCACACGGUCCUCCCAGUUUUGCUUCUGCAGAGCAACAUGCUAUACUUAAUUCGUCUGGAUAUGUGAAUCCACCUUAUAGCCCCGUUGCUAUGGCUUCCUCAAGUACCUUUUACCCAAAUAUGCAUCCUUCUGGUUACUUUUCUCCUCAGUAUGGUGUAGGUGGAUACACUUUGAAUACCCCAACUGUUUUCCCAACAUUUAUGCCUGGAUAUCCUCAUGGUGCUAUUCCUGUGCCAUUUGAUCAAAACUCAGGCAUGGCAAACUUAGGAGGCAACUUGCAUGGAGUUGAUAUGCAACAACUAGGAAAUCUCUAUGGACAAUUCGGUUUCACAAUGCAACCAAUGCUAUCAAAUGCUUUUCAAAUGCAAUAUACCGAACAGUCAUACAGGAAUCCUUACAAUGUCCCAGGUCAGUUUACACCCCUCAUAUCUCCAGUUGCUGGAGGUAGCAGGAUUGAUUCACAGAAGAAGGGUUCAGAAUUUCCAGCUGGCUCACAUCACCAGAAUAUACAAUACCAGGGAGAAUUGGGUGUUCUUCAUAAAAGGGGCGAGGGGUAUACAAGUCAUUAUGUGAAUCCUCCAAGCACUAGCCUUCCAGGAUCACCAGUUCCUGGGGUUGGCUCAGCUGGAUUGAAAAAUGAGUUGAGAUUUGCUGAAGGUUCUUUUAAAAAUCUGGGUACUUAUUCCAGAUGGCAAGGUCAAAGAGAAAAUAAUAAUUUCAACACUAGAGUACACUCUUUCCUUGAAGAGUUGAAAUCUGGUAGAGGUCGCAGAUUUGAGCUGUCUGAUAUUGCUGGACAUAUUGUUCAAUUUAGUGCGGAUCAGCAUGGGAGUCGAUUCAUUCAACAGAAAUUGGAAAAUUGCAGUGCAGAAGAUAAGGCUUCUGUUUUUAAGGAGGUUCUUCCACAUGCCUCCAGGCUCAUUGUAGACGUUUUUGGUAAUUAUGUCAUUCAGAAGUUUUUUGAGUAUGGAAGCACUGAACAAAGGAAGGAGCUUGCUGAUCAACUUGCGAGCCAAAUUUUAUCACUAAGUCUUCAGAUGUACGGCUGCCGUGUAAUUCAAAAGGCACUUGAUGUUAUCGAACUGGAUCAGAAAGCAAAGCUUGUGAGUGAGCUGGAUGGACAUGUUUUGAAAUGUGUUCAUGAUCAGAAUGGGAAUCAUGUUAUCCAGAAGUGUAUUGAAUGUAUUCCAACAGAUAAGAUUGGAUUUAUUCUUUCUGCUUUUCAUGGUCAAGUGGAAACUCUUUCAAUGCAUCCCUAUGGUUGUCGCGUUAUUCAGAGGGUACUUGAGCACUGUAUGGAUCAACCCCAAAGUCAGUUUAUAGUAGAUGAGAUUUUGGAGUCUGUUUGUACACUUGCCCAAAACCAGUAUGGCAACUAUGUUACACAGCAUGUGUUACAAAGGGGAGAUCCUCAAGAAAGAGCCAGGAUUAUAAGUAAACUAUCGGGCAAUGUAGUGCAAAUGAGCCAGCAUAAAUUUGCAUCGAAUGUCGUUGAAAAAUGUAUAGAGCAUGGAGAUUUUGCUGAAAGGGAGAUGUUAAUUCAGGAAAUUACUGGCGGCAAAGAUGGAAGUGAUAACUUAUUGGUAAUGAUGAAAGACCAAUUUGCAAACUAUGUUAUCCAGAAGCUACUAGACACCUGUACCGAUAGUCAAAGGGAAAUGUUAUUUAGCCGCAUUCAUAACCAUGUGAACGCACUGAAGAAGUACACUUAUGGAAAACAUAUAGUGACUCGAUUUGAACAGCUAUAUGGAGAAGAAUUGGCGCAGAAAUCUGAUUCAUGAAAUGAACCCAUCAUCGCAUUGGCUAGGGAAGAAAAAAAAAUGCAGUUAUUGGAAGGUGAAGAAAUAAAAAAUAAUGCUAGUGCAUAGAACAUAUGUACUGUACAUGUAUUAUGGGAAUUAUUAUUAGGUUGUCCUGUAGUUUGUGUUUGUUUGUUUGUAUAUAAGGUUUGAUUAUGGUGUGUUUGAUAGUUAGUUAUGGGUAUCUACUCAAACUCAUGUUGUAAAUUGAUGAAUUGUUGUAUUUUGUUAACUCAUGAUAUGGAUGGAUGGAUUUUUCAUAUCAAUAUUUGUAUAGUGUUGUACUUGCA